AACAUAUUGUUAACAUGGUUCUGUAUUUAAAUGAAAGUGGAAAUGGGGGACAUUUUGUCCAUUAUAGAAAUGUAGGACCCAUUUUAAUACAGUAACCUCCCUUCUCUGACAUGCUGUUCUGAUUAUCAUGCAUGUUAAUGUCUUAAAGAGGAAGGAAAGGACUGUUCUGCAUCAGCUACUUGUGUUCUGACUACUAUAAAUAUGUAUCAACCACAGAACACACAUUUACUAGCAGUUCCCACUCAAUACCAGUCAGUUGACUCACUGUACAAGACCUCUCCCCUUCAGUCUACUGCAGGGUGGGAGAUGCAACAAUGGCCUUGAGAACAGCAGGAAGUGUGUUGGUGGUCUUUCUCUGGUCUGUAGCAGUGGUACUGGGUCAGUAUGUCUGGAGUGUUACAUACACCACUCAGAGUAUCUGCACCUUGAAGGGGUCAACAGUGGAGCUGACCUGCUCUUACACAUAUCCCAGAGGUCAUAAAGUCACAACAACACUCUGGUUCACUAAAAUGGAGACUGGUGUAGAACCUGAAGAUCUAGGUCAGGACCCAGAGUAUGCAGGUCGUCUGGUGUAUAAUGGGGAUAAGAAGAAUGACUGCAACCUGAAAAUCAGGGACCUGAGAGAGAAAGACUCAGCUACGUACAAGUUCAGAUUCAUAACAGAUCAGACCAGAGGGAAAUAUUAUGGAGAUCCUGGAGUCACUCUGUCUGUUACAGCUCUGCAGGUGAAGGUGACUCCUGCUGCAAAGGGACAGAAGACACUGACCUGUAUCACCACCUGUACUCUGACUGACAACCCCACCUACAUCUGGUACAAGAAUGGACAACAUCUACAUGAGAGCACCUCCCCCCAGUACAAAUACUCAGUCUACAGUAACUAUGAAGACAGCUACUCCUGUGCUGUAAAAGGCCAUGAGGAUCUCCUCUCUCCUGCAGUGUGUGUUCAGGGUCAGGACUGCAACAGAGUGACUUACUCCAAGAGGACAAUCUGUGCCUUGAAAGGGUCAUCAGUGGACAUAUCCUGUACUUAUGGCAGUGGUUAUGAUACAGUCAAAUCAUCACUCUGGUUUAGUCCUAAACAGAGAUCUAGGUGGAGGGAUAAGUUGACACCUGAGGACCUAACAAGAGACCCAGGGUAUGCAGGUCGUGUGAAGUACCCUGACAAAGAGAGAUGGAGAUACACUGGUCACUCCACCCUGAGAAUCUCAGAUCUGAGAGAGGAGGACUCAGCUGAGUAUCGCUUCACUUUUAAAACACACAACAUUGAAUGGGGUCAUAGUUUCCCAGGAACAACUCUGUCUGUCACAGGUCUGCAGGUGAAGGUGACUCCUGCUGCAGAGGGACAGAAGACACUGACCUGUAUCACCACCUGUACUCUGACUGACAACCCCACCUACAUCUGGUACAAGAACGGACAACAUCUAGAUGAGCCCACUUCCCAACAACACGCUAGUAAUAUGCUGAUGGUCUGGGAUUCUACUGUGGACAUUUACUCCUGUGCUGUUGAAGGUCAUGAGGCUCUCCCCUCUCCUGUAGUUUGUUUUCAGGUGGAGGUGACUCCUAAACAUUAUUCAAAUUACAAGACAUUGACCUGUAGCACCACCUGUAUUCUGACUGGUAACCCCACAUACACCUGGUACAAGAACGGACAGGUAGUAACUGUGAAGACUUCCACCUAUUCAGUCCUCCCUAAUGCUAAGGACAGCUACUCUUGUGCUGUAAAAGGCCAUGAGGAUUUCCACUCUCCUGCAGUGUGUGUUCAGGGUCAGAGCUGCAACAUAGUGAAUUACAAUAAGAUGAGAACCUGUGUCUUGAAGGGGUCAACAGUGUUCAUAUCCUGUACUUAUGUUGGUUAUUAUUACACCACAUCAUCAUUCUGGUUUAGAAGUGAUAAGUCGACCCCUGAAGACCUAACCACAGACACAGGGUAUGCAGGUCGUGUGAAGUACACUGGAACAUACAGAGGUCCCUCCACCCUGAGAAUCACAGAUCUGAGAGAGGAGGACUCAGCUGAGUAUCGGUUCACUUUUAAAGCAAACAGCUUUGAAUGGGGUCAUAGUUUCCCAGGAACAAGUCUGUCUGUCACAGGUCUGCAGGUGAAGGUGACUCCUGCUGCAGAGGGACAGAAGACACUGACCUGUAUCACCACCUGUACUCUGACUGACAACCCCACCUACAUCUGGUACAAGAACGGACAGAAUGUACAAGGUGUCUCCUCCCCCAUGUACUCCAUCAGCAGUGAGGAUGCAGACAGCUACUUCUGUGCUGUAAAAGGACAUGAGGAUCUCAGCUCUCCUACAGUUUAUAAACCAAAGAACACCUCAGUGUCAGUCAGUCCCUCAGGUGAAAUAGUGGAGGGCAGUUCAGUGACUCUGACCUGCAGCAGUGAUGCCAACCCACCUGUCCAGAGUUACACCUGGUGGUACAAGAAGAAUGGAGGUGACUAUCAGAGUAUGACAGGACCACAGCAUGUCUUCAAUCAAAUCCAGUCAUCUGACACUGGAGAGUACGACUGUGUGUCCCAGAAUGAGAUGGGGACAGACAGGUCUAGGACCAUAAACAUGGAUGUGAAGUAUGCGCCAAAGAACACCUCAGUGUCACUCAGUCCCUCUGGUGAAAUAGUGGAGGGCAGUUCAGUGACUCUGACCUGCAGCAGUGAUGCCAACCCACCUGUGGACAAAUACACCUGGUACAAGAAGAACGUAACCUCACCAAAAGCAUCAGGACAGAGUUACAGCAUCACUAACAUCAUCUCUGAGAACAGAGGAGAAUAUUACUGUGAAGCUGAGAAUAAAUAUGGACGUCUCAACUCUCCUUCUGUGUCUGUGGACGUUCAGUACGGCCCAAAGAACACCUCAGUGUCAGUCAGUCCCUCUGGUGAAAUAGUGGAGGGCAGUUCAGUGACUCUGAACUGCAGCAGUGAUGCCAACCCACCUGUGGACAAAUACACCUGGUACUUUCAAAAUGAGACUUUUCUAAAUGGAUGUGGACAGAUGUACAACAUCAGUAACUUCAAGUCUAAGGACAGUGGACAUUACCACUGUGAGGCCUGGAAUAGAAGAGGAUCUAGGAACUCUACAGCUCUGAUGAUCAUUAUACCAGGGAAACAAACCUCAGUUCAGACUGCAGCUGUAGGAAUCAUAGUGGUUGUUCUGGUUCUCAUCCUCUGUCUCUCUGGACUCAUGUGGAUCAGGAAGAAGGCCUCCAUAUCCACCUCUGACACAAAAGACACAUCAGAGAAUGUACAGGGAGACUCUAGUCCAGUGUAUGAAAACGUCUCAAGUAUGUCUACAGCCCCCACUGCAGCACAGACAGAGUCCACAUAUGACCAGGAUGAUGUUCACUACACCAGCGUCCACUUCUCUCGCUCCAAAAACCAGGAAGUGCCUCUGUACUCCACCGUCCAGCUGCCUCAACCCCAGAAAGAGGAUGAGGAUGUCCAGGACGAUGCUGUGAAAUUCAACCUCCCCAGUGCUGCCACCCGCUCAUUCAUAUGCUGCUGCUUAUUGGACGAGAAGACCAUGAUGUCAUCAAUAAGCAAAAGAGUUGACCCCUAGUGGCCACUAGUGAUGUCAUUUCCUUAAACUACAAACCCAACAAUGGAAAUCUCAAGACGAUUCCCAUGUCUAUAAUGAGAGAGUGGUGGUUUUGAGGAACUGUCCUGUGUUCCAAAUGGAACCCUAUUCCCUAUUUAGUGCACUACUUUUCACCAUAACCUUAGAGGCCUUGGUCAAAGUAAUGUACUAUAAAGAGUAUAUGAAGGUUUUUGGGGAUGCAGAUUCUGUUUCAUUUCUGUUUCUCUCUCUUCAGACCCACGGCAGCACAAGCAGCUGAGGAGGACUCUUCUGUUCUCUACAGUACAGUCAACAAACCUGAACCAAGAAGACCUGAACAUUACAAACCCAGAACCAAGAAGAACUGAACACAAUAAACCCAGAACCAAGAAGACCUGAACACAACAAA